GCAUUUGCAUUUGAUGCAGACUUGAGUCGGAGGAGCGUCGCGGAUGACUCUGAACUUAACCAAACUUUGCCAGGAGCGUAAUGCUCCCGGGUCGCGUGGUAACUUUGCGGCUACAUCUCAUUGAUGAAUCCAGAUCAACUCAAACAGUGGGUUUGGUGGGAAAUACGUCGGUGAAGAACUUGUAAAUCGGCGGCGUGCAGAGGAGCAGACAGGACUAUAUUUCUCGGCGGAGUAAUCCCGCAAGUGUAACUACGGCGGUACCCAGUGUGGCUGCGAGCUUCAGGCGAGCGGACAGAGUGUACCGAAACUGGGCCAGAAACUCCGUGAUGCACUGGUGCAAAUAUCAAAACCAGACACUGCUGCCGGUUCGCUAAAACGUUUUUCGUUCCCUGGGAACAUUGUGUUCUUGAGUUUUUUUGUUUUCGUCGUUGCUGCGGACUUCGGCGAAGUCAAAGAUGUCAAUAUUGCCCUUCACUCCCCCCAUCGUCAAGCGACUUCUCGGCUGGAAGAAAGGCGAGCAGAACGGCCAGGAGGAGAAAUGGUGCGAGAAGGCGGUGAAAAGUCUCGUGAAGAAGCUGAAGAAGACGGGCCAGCUAGACGAGUUGGAGAGAGCCAUCACCACCCAGAACAUCAACACCAAAUGCAUCACCAUACCGAGGUCCUUGGAUGGCCGCCUGCAGGUUUCCCACAGGAAAGGGCUGCCUCACGUUAUUUAUUGUCGUCUAUGGCGCUGGCCCGACUUGCAGUCCCACCACGAGCUGCGGGCGGUGGAGCUCUGCGAGUACGCCUUCCAUACGAAGAAGGAUGAGGUGUGCGUUAACCCGUAUCACUAUCAGAGGGUCGAAACACCAGUGCUCCCCCCAGUGUUGGUGCCCAGACACACAGAAAUCCCAAGUGAAUUUCCCCCCUUGGAUGACUACAGCCAUUCAAUCCCAGAAAACACAAACUUCCCUGCAGGAAUUGAGCCACAGAGUAACUACAUACCAGAAACGCCACCGCCUGGAUACCUCAGUGAGGAUGGGGAGACCAGCGAUCACCAGAUGACCCACAGCAUGGACACAGGCUCGCCCAACUUGUCACCCAACCCGGUGUCGCCCACUCACAGCAACUUAGAUCUCCAGCCAGUGACCUACUGUGAGCCCGCCUUCUGGUGCUCCAUCUCCUACUACGAGCUGAACCAGCGGGUGGGAGAGACCUUCCAUGCCUCGCAGCCAUCGUUGACGGUGGACGGUUUCACAGACCCGUCCAACUCGGAGCGUUUCUGCCUGGGCCUGCUGUCCAACGUCAACCGCAACGCAGCUGUGGAGUUAACACGCAGGCACAUCGGCCGGGGUGUGCGACUAUAUUACAUCGGAGGAGAAGUAUUUGCUGAGUGUCUCAGUGACAGCGCCAUCUUUGUCCAGAGCCCCAACUGUAACCAGCGCUACGGCUGGCACCCGGCCACUGUCUGCAAGAUCCCCCCAGGCUGUAACCUGAAGAUCUUCAACAACCAGGAGUUUGCAGCCCUUCUGGCCCAGUCGGUCAAUCAGGGCUUCGAGGCAGUUUACCAGCUCACCAGGAUGUGUACCAUACGCAUGAGCUUCGUGAAAGGCUGGGGCGCUGAAUACAGGCGGCAGACGGUGACCAGCACCCCCUGCUGGAUUGAGCUGCACCUAAACGGUCCCCUGCAGUGGCUGGACAAGGUGCUCACACAAAUGGGCUCCCCGAGUAUCCGCUGCUCCAGCGUCUCUUAGGAUCACAGCAUCUUAAAUCACUGACUGAAGACAGCGCACAGAGUCAAAGAGCAGUUUCAGGGAGAUGCCAGGUUCCUGACCCAGUUGUUCCUCCAUCUUCAGCCCCACCCGCUCACUCAACUGGAAGUUUUUGUCAAAAGAGCAUCAUCCACCUAAGUGUCAUCUGUGGAUCAGCACUGGCCAAGUGUUGCUGUAUUUUUGAACUGAACAAUGGACUAAGCAUCCAAAAAAGAGGAAGCUCACUCGGUGUGAGUCAGCAGAGCAUGUAUUCAGAUGCCGAUGACAAAAGUCAUUGCAACAUCAUCAUUUGUAUCUCUUCACACACACCUAGGAAAGGUCUGCAGGUCGUGCAAUAGUGUGUCUUUUCUCUUGAGCACUGCUUGGUGCGUUCAAGUUUUUACCUGAGGAUGACUGGACAGCUUCUCUCGUGAAAUGCUUGUGUUAGACUUGGAUAAAACAUAUUCACAUCUAGGUUUGGGUAUUUUUACAUGUCGACUAUCUUUCAUCUUAGACACAUGCAAAGGGAUUUAGCAGAGUCUCUCUGCACACUUGGUGGUCUUUAAACAUUUAACCUUGAAUACCUUAAAGAUACUCGUGCGCAUGACUGGAGGAAGAUUUGUUCAAAAGCAAGUGUUCUUUUCACCUUCCUGCUUUUCUCUCUUUGUCCGAGCUCUAAAGUAUGACAUCAUUAUCUACUGAUUCAGGGUACAGAGUCAAGCAUUUAAUACUUCUCCCACACCAAAGGUGCAUUCAGAGGCUCAUGCUGUGCAGCAGCAGCAGCAGCAACACUUUCAGCCAUAUAAGAUUAAUGUGAAAAUGCAUAUGCUGGUUGAACAGAACGUGUCAGAUUGAGGAAGGAACUUAGCAGAUGUGUUUUUUCCUGACAUCAGUUUCAGUUCUAGUCAACACUCAGGACUCUCAAAUCCACAACAGCUGAAUUGUAUGCAAAUGCAUGCUCAUGUUGAACGUGAUUUUGUCUCAUCCGGGUUUAUUUGCAUGACUACGGGAGAAUUUUUAUGGAAUCUUUGACUUAGGAUCCGUUUUUAAAUUGUGACAUUGGAAUUUUCUAAAGGGAAGUGUGUGUAAAUAACAGUAGCUCCCUGGAAUUUGGCUCAUCGGUCCAUGCACAUGUACUUGAUGUUAUGAACCUUUUUAUUGUUGACGGGUUGCAAGGUUGAAAAUCGAAAACAUAAUCUGGGUUAACUAUUAUAAGAAUUAAUGGGUGAAAUAACUUAACCACGUUCGGUUACUAACAUUUGGAGUCACCACAGAUUCCUGUUUUGAUGAUGUUGACUCGAUAAUGCUAAUAUUUAACAUUGUUGAGGGUUGAAAGAACAAUAUACUCUUAUUAAGAGGGCCUUUAUGAAAAGUGAUUCAAAUCCCAGAAAGAGUAGCAUCUACCAGUCUGAGACAAAUAUGGUUUCUUGUCUUCAGCGCUACACUGUUGAGUUUUUAUGGGCUUUUAAAGACAGUGGAAUUACCCAGUAGGGAUUAUUUAACAAGCAUUCUGUUUUAAAAGAAACUUGAAUGAACAGCGCUUGUGUUUCCCCCUUUUAAUGGCAUUUGAUGUAAUGUUUAGUUGUGACUUUUGUGCCCCACAUUGCUCUUUUUAGAUGUUUUGUAUAAAAGUAUAUCCACUAUUUUUCUCUGUCUAUACAGACGUUGUUGUGACGCUUUAUAUUUUCAUGUAUUAUUGUUGAUGAAUGAUGAAUAAAUCUAUAUCAUGUUUGGAUUGUCU